UCGUUUAAGACUAUGGAUCAUGGACACAGUUAGCUAGCGAAGCUAGUCUUACAUCUUUAAAUUCAUACAUCAGAAGAAAUAACGGUGGUCUAUUAAGAGCAUAACCCAGUCAAAAGACCACAAUGAUUGAGGAUUUCGAGAACCAGGAGGUCGUCCGGUCCAGCGGGGAGCUGUGGACUGAAAUCUGCUCCAGUCUGCCGGAGUCGCAAGCUGAAGCAGCCCCGGAGAUCAACACGGAGUUCAGAGACUCCUUCCAACCAGCCGCACCAGUCGGACUGCAGGUCAAUGGACUCUCAAAUGGGACAAAUACCAGUUCUCCUAGCGCAGAAUGGGAACCCAUGGAGGAUUCUGAGGUCUACAUAGCCAGUUUAGAGAACCGCCUGAAGAAGAUAAAGGGCCAGUCAAGUGAUGUGACAUCGAGGGACAUGUUGCGCUCCUUGUCUCAAGCUAAGAAAGAAUGUUGGGAUAGAUUUCUGCACGACGCUCAGACAUCAGAGCUCUUCCAAGGCGGUGACAUGGAUGACAGCGCUCUUGAACACUUCAAGAGGUGGUUGAUUCCUGAGAAGGUGGCCAUCAGCGCAGAAGAGCUGGAGUUUCUCCUGAGACCGCCUCAGAAUAACGAACAGGCUGAGCCGAGCCAAACACAGAGCGAAGAAGAGGACACGACGGGAGAAAGAGACAACCCAGAGGAAGAUGCCGCUCACAGCCCAGAGAAAUGAGUAACACUGAAAGAAGAACUAAUUAGGCGUGUUUACAGUAGCGCUGACUUGAUACCCAUACUUAUUCAGUCCUUGUUAUUCAUCCCUUGAAGGAUAAUAAUCUAGUCUGUGUACUGAUUCCCAUUAUAUAUGUUACAGGAAUGGCUCUCUACUUUGAAUAUAUAUAUAUACUGAAUAUGCAAAGGGUAAUGAAGCAGCACAUUAAGUACCAUGUUGUGAUUGAAACUCGAGUGAUACUCUUUGAUUAUAUUCCUGAAAAUAUGUAACAUAUUGUGUAACAUCUUUAUUUUUGCCAUAAUGUUUUUACCAAUAAAGUUUUAACCAUGUUUCAAUAAAAACU